AUGAUCGAUAAAAAAAUUUGAUCAAAGAAUCGAUGCGAUUGUAACAGAAAUAGUAAACUGUUCGAGUAGUGUCGUCAAGUUGGAAAAAAUAUUUGUAGGAACAAAAUCAGAGAUCGGUCCGAGUAUGUAUUACGUAUGAUACGAAUCAUUGUGAAUGUAACAAAGGAGAAAUAUAGCAAUAUGAGAAAAAGAAGAAACAGCGAGAGGUGUAAAGAGAUGAUCCCUUAAGGAUUAGAGGGGUGAGAAGGAAGAAGGCAAGGUAACAGAAAGGAAAGGAAUAAUGGAUGAGUAAGGGAAGAAAUACGUGAUAUAAUUACAAAGUUGAAAACAUUUUGAGAAACGGGUAUAUGUGUGUGCGCGUGUGUAUAUACCAGCCGGCAAGAUGGAGGAAAGUCAGCUGUUGAUGACGGAACUUCCGGCAUUGACGCCGAGCCGCGGCACAACGUUGCUUCAUCGUUCAGGACAUUAUUAUCAGUUGCAUCAGCCGCAGCUGGCCGCAAUACCGAGCUCGCAAAGUCAAGGGAUUCUUUACAAUUCGAACAACACGCCGCAUUAUACCAGCGGUGCAAUCAGUCUACCGGCGUACGCGCAAGGCCUCUCGUCGAGGCAACAACCGCAAGUAACUUCUCGCGGUACUAUCACACCGAGCACGCAUAUCUCCUGCCUCUAUCCUGAGAUACUGGCGUUGAUCUUCAGCUACCUCGAGGUCAGGGACAAAGGACGUGCCGCCCAAGUGUGCACCGCGUGGAGGGACGCGGCCUAUUACCGGUCUGUCUGGCGAGGGGUUGAAGCCAGGUUACAUUUAAGAAAGCAGGCACCGGCGUUAUUCGCCAGCUUGGUAAGAAGAGGAGUGAAAAGGAUCCAGGUAUUGUCGUUACGAAGAGGACUCGGCGACGUAUUAAAAGGUGUGCCAAACUUGGAGGCAUUGAAUUUGUCCGGUUGCUAUAAUAUAACCGAUGCAGGUUUGAUCAACGCUUUCUGCCAGGAAUACAGCACACUCAUCGAAUUGAAUCUUUCGUUGUGCAAACAAGUGUCGGACAUUUCUCUUGGUAGGAUAGUGCAGUACUUAAAGAAUCUCGAGCACUUAGAACUAGGUGGUUGUUGCAACAUCACUAACGGUGGGCUCCUUUGCAUAGCAUGGAAUUUGAAGAAGCUAAAGAGACUCGAUAUACGAAGUUGCUGGCAAGUAUCCGACUUGGGUAUCGCUCAUUUGGCUGGUGUGAAUCGCGAAGCAGCUGGGGGAAAUCUCGCGUUAGAGCAUUUGAGCCUUCAGGAUUGCCAACGGCUGAGCGACGAAGCUCUCAGGCACGUGUCGAUUGGUCUGACCACAUUGAAAUCUAUUAAUCUUUCGUUUUGCGUGUGUAUCACCGAUUCCGGCGUGAAACACCUGGCGAAGAUGUCCAGUCUGCGUGAACUGAAUCUUCGAUCCUGCGACAAUAUCUCGGACAUCGGUAUGGCUUAUCUCGCGGAAGGUGGCAGCAGGAUUUCUUCGUUGGAUGUGUCGUUUUGCGAUAAAAUAGGGGAUCAAGCACUCGUUCAUAUUUCUCAGGGGUUGUUUAACCUGAAAUCACUCUCGUUGUCCGCCUGUCAAAUCAGCGACGAGGGUAUAUGCAAGAUCGCCAAGACAUUGCAUGAUUUGGAAACGUUGAACAUCGGCCAGUGCAGCAGAUUGACAGACAAAGGACUCUACACCAUUGCCGAGAGUAUGAAACACUUGAAAUGUAUCGAUCUUUACGGAUGCACCAAGAUAAGUACCAACGGCCUAGAGAGGAUUAUGAAGUUGCCGCAGCUGAGUACGUUAAAUCUUGGUCUUUGGCACGUGCGGUGA